UGUGUGUGUGUGUGCGUGUGUGUGUGUGUGUGUGUGCAGGGUAAUAACUACCGCAGGGAGUACAUCGCCACCCAGGGCCCGCUGCCCGGCACUAAGGACGAUUUCUGGCGGAUGGUGUGGGAACACGGCGUCCACAACGUCGUCAUGGUGACGCAGUGCGUGGAGAAGGGGCGGGUGAAGUGUGACCAGUACUGGCCUCCAGACCGAGAGCCCCUGUACUACGGAGACCUGGUGAUCCAGAUGCUGUCUGAGUCCGUCCUGCCCGAGUGGACCAUCAGAGAGUUCAAGAUCACCUCGGAGACCGGCUGCGGUUACCCUCGGGUGCUGCGUCACUUCCACUACACCGUGUGGCCCGACCACGGCGUCCCCGAGAGCACGCAGUCCCUGAUCCAGUUCGUCAGGACGGUCCGGGACUACGUGGACCGGUCUCCCAGCACCGGGGCCACCGUGGUCCACUGCAGCGCCGGGAUUGGCCGGACAGGCUGCUUCAUCGCCACGACGAUAGGCUGCAAACAGCUGCAGCUGGAGGGAGUGGUGGACGUGCUGAGCAUCACCUGCCGUCUCCGAGCCGACAGGGGUGGGAUGAUCCAGACUGGCGAGCAGUACGAGUUUGUCCAUCACGCCUUGAGCCUGUACGAGGCCCGCCUCUCUGCAGAAACCGGCCAAUGAGUGCGCGCCACCCCACAGGAGGAGGCGGGGCUUAAAGUACCAGGAAGUGUGCUAACAUGAAGAGGGUCCUUGUAUGAUCUCCGACGUUAGGGGAUCCUGGAGGAGGUCUUUGACUUUGAUGGAGAGCCCAUUUGGGCGGAGCCUGCCGGCGGAAACAGGGAAGGUAAUCUUCUGAAAAUGGAAAGCCUCCGCUCUUCUUCUUCUUCUUCUUCUUCUUCUUCUUCUUCUUCUUCUUCUUCUUCUUCUUCUUCUUCUUCUCUGCUGUUUCUACGUGUGUUUUGGGGCGAGAGGUUCUGCAGAAGAGCUCAAAAGACUCUCUUAUCUGGUCUCCG